AUGGUUCAAAAGCUUAUCGACAACGGAGAACUGAAACAAUACGUAAGGAAGGAAGAAGCAUAUGACAGGUCGAAGCGAAGCAAACAAGUUCAACUGCCUGAAGGCAAUCGAACACUAAACACCAUUUCGCGUUCGGAAGCCGCUGGACCAUCGUUAACAUCGCAUAUUGGAAAAAGGCUGAGAAAGCAAUUCGAAGACUACUGCGAGCUGUACAAGAUCGAUGGGGUAGAGAUAGACGAUCACGAGCAAUGGAUGGAUGCACCGAUCACUUUCGAGGAAGAUGAUGUGGAGGAAGACAUGGAGGAUCACAAUGAUCCUUUGAUCCUCACACUGCCCAUAGCAGGGUGCAACAUCAAGAAGAUCCUCAUUGACGGAGGAAGUUCAGUGAACAUCUUGUUCUAUGAUACGUUCAAACGAAUGGAGCUAAACGACGAGCAGCUGAUAUCUUCGUACCACACCAUUUAUGGAUUCAACGAGGCUCCUACGAAACCAUUGGGGGACAUUGUUCUACAAAUAAAUGCAGGACCGAUGAAGAUAGACACCCGUUUCAGCGUGGUAGAUGCUCCUUCCCCCCUACAAUGCUAUCAUCGGACGAAUAUGGGUACACAAGCUCAAGGGGAUAACAUAAACUUAUCACCAGUGUCUUCGAUUCUUAUCACUCGAAGGGAUAAUGCAGAUCAAGGGUGA